AUGUUCCCAAUGCCUUCAUGGAUUUUGAUGGAGGAUGAAGUUGUCCAUGUGCCUGCCAACCCCAUAGUGCAGCUAGAGCUACUGUUGACACUGGAGGUGGCCAUACCGGUGAGCAGCCUCCAGCGCUGUUUAGGGCCUCUGCAUAUUUACUUCACCGUAAGUCAUUCCUUAAAAAAAAAAAAGGCAAACAGCCAGCUGAAACAGACUGAAAAGGAGUAUGGUCAGAAGCUGGCUAAAUCCUCUCAGAUCAUAGCUGAACUUAAGACAACCAUUUCCUCUCUGUCAGAGGAGAACAGCCGGCAGCAGCUUGCCGCAGAGCAGCGGCUCCAGGAAGUUAUACAAAAGUUUGAAGAUGCGAAGCAGCAGCUGAUUGCAGAUAAUGACAGAGCAAUCAAGGCUUUCCAAGAUGAAAUCGAAAGUUACCGCAAUCAGGUGCAGGCUGCAGAGAAGAAGCUGCAACACAGGGAGCUGGAGACCCACGAUCAGAUGACCUCUAUACAACAAGAAUAUGAAAACACACUCAAAGGUCUGAUGCCAGCAUCUUUGAGACAGGAACUUGAAGACACCAUUAUAUCUUUAAAAACUCAGGUAGAUAUUCUGCAGAAAACAGUCUCUGUCCUCCAGGAAGAGCUGGACACCUACCAUGCCGGAAG